AUGAAUCAGUCAUCAUUUGGUUCUCCAUCGAGUAAUCUCUUUGUGAACUUAAGGAAUUUACGUAAGUUUCUCAAAAGUUGGUUCGUGAGAGAUCGUGCUCUAUUUUGUGCUAAAAUAAAUGACUUGUAUAAUGAAAUUAAUGUUGUUGACGAGGAUGAGGAGAUUCGUGAACUCUCCGCUAAGGAGGUUAAUUCUCGGAUUCACAUUGUUAGCAAGUUACUCGAUAUGUGUAAGGAGUCUUUAUUUGCUAUUGGGUAUCCUAUAUUAGCCUCUGUUAGGUCAAUGGAAAACAACUCAAACAAUGAUAUGCGCAAACUGGUUGCUUAUUGGAUCUUAUUCUUUUUGUUCUCACUAUUUGAACAUGUUCUUGCCAAGAUCAUCCAAUGGAUUCCAUUCUGGUUUUGCAUCAAGCUAGGAACUGUCUGCUGGUUGGUAUUACCUCAGUUCGAGCAAGCUUACUUUGUUUACUCUCAUCACAUUCAGCCCAUUCUGUUUGAGAUACUUUCUUUUAUUAACAAUUACUUGAAAAAGUCCAUCAAAAUGGUUCUUCUCAAUAAGGCCAUAUUUUUAGCUAUGGCAGAGGAGUUUUUGGAAGUUAAUGGUUCUGAAGGUUUGGAGGAUCUUAUUGUAAGAAAAUUUCUGCAUGAUGAAAGGAAACCUAAUGUUGAAAAUGAAGCUCUCAAUGUUGAAGGAUUUGGGACAAUUGUGCAGGACAUUGUUACUUUGAUUGAGGAACAAGAAAGAGCAUUGCUAGAGUAUAAUAACCAUGAUGAAAAAGAUGUUGCACAAAUAUCAAAAUCAGUUGAAAAACAUGACAUAGAUGAAGGUCCUAAAGAAGUUUAUAGUUGUGGCAUAUGCCAAGUGAAGACGAGUAGUGAAAUAACCUUGAAUAGUCAUUUUCAAGGGAAGAAGCACAAGGCGGUCUUAGCGGAAAUGUUUAGGUUGGAGAAAAAGGAGUUGUCGUGCUCUUUGUGCAAGGUUGGGUGUUCAAGUAAGGCUAGUAUCGAGGGGAAAAAACAUGACAUCGAUGAAGGAGGCCAUAAAGAGGGGAAAAAACAUGACAUCGAUGAAGGAGGCCAUAAAGAGGUUUAUAGUUGCGGUCUAUGCCAGGUGAAGACGAGUAGUGAAAUGACCUUGAAAAGUCAUUUUCAAGGGAUGAAGCACAAGGUGGCCUUAACCGAAGUGUUUAAGUUGGAGAAAAAAGAGUUGUCGUGUUCAUUGUGCAAUGUUUGGUGUUCGAGUAAGGCAAGUAUCCAGGCUCACCUAAGGGGAAAAAGCAUUUGGACUUAG